AUGAAUAUUACGCUAUCAUUCAUUGCUCUGUUUUCUUCUUUCAACCGCUGCUAUCUGUGGUACAUUAAAUCUAACGUCAAUCUCUGGUUCAGAGGUUUCACAGUACGCAAAUUUGGAAAUAACAAAAUUUCUCGUAACACCCACGAGAAGCACCUUUUUACCAAAAAUAAUUUUUUUGUCGUCCAGCACAUACCACUACACAUAACCAAGCACACGUUCCUAGAUGGUACCGUAUGCGGUCAUGUACCUCUUCAGGUCAUAAGAUGCAAACAUAAACAUACGCUUCCUGGCAGCAGUGUUCCCCGGUUUAUUACCAAUACCUUGACUUAAGAGCUAGCAUCGCAGACAACAAAGCAACGAGCAGGCACAUCAACCAAAAAUCGCCACAUUUAAAGUUAAUUUGGUUUAAUUAAAAACGGACACUACAG